UUUGCAGAUGUUGAAAGCUGGACGCUAUACUUUAAGGAUAAAAAUGGCCAUGUGUCCUGGAUACGUGGAAGAAUUUUCAUCCUGACCACUGUCCUGGAUCUACACCAUCAUAGGAAAGAGUGACUAAUCUCUUGGCAAAGAAAGACGUUGGUGAUUUAAUUUUUCUGUGGACCGUAUUUGAGUAGUCAUCAUGCCUAUUCUGAAGCAGCUUAUGUCCUCGUCCUCCCAGUCGAAGCGGCGUUCUCGUGCUGACCUGACUGCGGAGAUGAUCAGCGCACCUCUAGGAGACUUCCGUCACACUAUGCACGUGGGUCGAGGAGGCGACGCGUUUGGGGACACCUCCUUUCUUAGCAGUCGCUCAGGGGAGCCACCAAAGGAGCCGGAGGUACAGCAGAGCUCACCUAAACAGAGCCUCCUUUCCCGUACGUUCCGAAGCAGCAAGCGCUCCCAAUCGGCCAAUCGCGACAAACCUGACAAAUCCAAACUGGCGCCCCCUGGUGGUUCGCCGAGUUAUGUAAAAAACGCAAUCUCGCUGCCAUAUUUGAAUGACGAUGAUGCGGGACGAGGUACUGGAAUCCACCUUCCCAAGAGCGUGUCCUCAAGUCCUUUAAAGAAUCUUCCAGAAGACGAAGUAAAGCCGCUUAAUGGAGCCAUGGCGCCUGCUGUAUCAAACGUGGAGCUGGACGAGAGGAGUUUCGGAGAGCUGACUGACUUGCGUCCAUCGGUUCCUUACACCGGAGGCAUGAAACAUGCCGAGUCCAUCAUGUCUUUCCACAUUGAUCUGGGUCCCUCAAUGCUGGGCGACAUCCUGAGCGUGAUGAACAAGAAGGGCUUUGACGAUGACGAUCUGGGAUUUGAAGAAGGGAAGAGUAGCGAGGGGCGCAGCUCGCCACCCCAGAGCCCUCCCAAUGAGGUGGAAGAAGAGGACCCUCUUCCUCCGAUCCGGCCCCCACGGCAAAGGCCGGGCACCAACCCUUACACUCCAGAGCUCCAAACCAGGAACCGUCAACACCUGGACAGCUGUUCCCUCUCCAGUUCAGGGUCCACCGUGCUGGAUGAAAAAUCCCACAAUCAGAUGUAUGAGGGGAACAUGAACAACAUCAAGUACAGCUCACCUCGAGUUCAAGACGAUAGGGACUUCUCCUACAUGGAUGAUGACGAUGAUGACGAGAUUAGGGUGUAAAGUGAACAGUCUUUGCAAAGAGUAAAAGAAGUGGUGGAGGUGGGUUGUGGUCGAUUGGUAGAUGUAAAGCUCGCACACUGACUUGGAGGACUGAUUUUAUAAUGGAGAUGAAAGGGAAAACGUAUGUUUUAGCCCUUGAUAAUGCUUUUUCACUACAUUUUCUAGUUCAGGUAUACAAACCUUCUGUUACUAGUGACUUUAACCAGAGCCACCACAGCUGUGAGAGGAAUGUGCUUGCGUGUUUGCAUAUGCCGAAGCAAGGGAAUUCCAUUUCAAAUGGUAAUUACAGUCUCGUGAGUAUCAUUAAUGAAUUCCAGUGUUGACCACUUGGAAUGCUGAUACAGGAGGUUUGUGUGAAACCAAGCCUCACAUUCUCCCAUGAUCGACGCAGUACUCUUGCUUAUGCCUUUAAACUCUGAAAAACGCUAACGCCAACAGUCUUAAUUUUCCUAUGUUUUACAGCUUUUGAUUCCAUCUUUAAGUUAUAUCCUAAAUUUUGCUUUGUAUUCAAAACCUUAAUGAUGUAAAUGAUGAUUGGAAUACCAUAAACGUGUUUGGAGGUUCAACAGAACGCUUUAUCUCUGGCAUACGUUACCUUUUUACCAUCGGGAGUUGUUUAUGUAGUAGAUCUGGAAUUUGUCAUGUGGUCCAUGCAUGUUUAAGAGGAUUUCCUGUCGGCUCACAUGAAAUUCUCAAUCACGGGGAAUUCAGAUUGAUGGGAUGCAGAAACCGAAAGCAGUGGUGACGUCGGAUUACUUGUAGGCAGUAGAAUCAUUCCAAGUGGAACCAAUUAUGACUUUAAUUUUGUGUGUGUGUGAAUGAGGAUUGAUGUCAAGAGGGCUGAGGAGUGUGUUAUUUGAUUAUCAUUGUAUAGGCUCAGAGAUGAAGAGCGUAGCACUCUUAUUCAUGGUCUAGUGUAGUGCCUCGAACUUCAAGCUGUGCUCAUCAGCAGAAGUGGAUCUGGAGGGUUUUCAUCUCUGAAUAACUCUUAUAGUUCUUUGUGUUUCUGUAUUUAGGUUUGAAGAGAGAUCAACACCCCAUGAUGAGAUUGCAACUUGUAUAGCCACUCUGUGAGUUAGUGCCAUACCCUUUGCGUCAGUUAAAUGUAGACAAAAACGUACUUUAUUAAAAUUCUUUAACAUCUACAAAAUGAGCAAACUCAAUCCACCAUGUAAUUUUAUGUUACAGAAUUAUGUAAAGCUUUCACUAAUUUUCCUUUAAGGUGAAGUGUAUAAUUUCGGCACCAUCAGCAGCACUAAAAUGGAACAAUAAAAAAAAAUACUGCAAUUUAAAAUUUUUUUUUUUUUUUUUCAC